UUUACGCACGUUCCACACCAUCUGACCUCUCCCUAAGAACUCGAAAGUUUAUAAAAUGGAUAAAGUUUUAAAGAUAACUUGCACAAAAUCUGUGUUUUAUGGAAUUUCAACAUAUAAUAGGUUAUCAAACAAACUGAAUUCAAAACAAUGUAUAUCUGCAAUUAGUAAAAUAUUAUCCACACAAGAUUAUUCAACGUCUUUUCUCAGUGGUGUUAAAAACUUAUAUGGCAAUACAACUGUAUUUUCUAAAUAUAAACCUAAAUAUAAACCUUAUGUAUUUAAUCAACAGAAGUGUAAUAUGUUUAUUCAAACGCAAGAUACACCAAAUCCAAACAGCUUAAAAUUCAUCCCAGGAAUAUCAGUAUUAGGAGAAGGAUGUACAAAAGAUUUCCCAAAUAUCAAAGAUGCAUAUUGUUCACCACUUGCCAAGAUGUUAUUUAGAAUUGAAGGUGUAAAAGCAGUAUUUUUUGGACCUGACUUUAUUACAAUUACAAAAGUUGAUGAAGAUGUUGAAUGGAAAGUAUUGAAACCAGAGAUUUUUGCUACUAUUAUGGAUUUCUUCGCAAGUGGAUUGCCAGUCAUAGACAAAACUUCUCAAACUUCAUCUGCAGUAGAUACACAAAUUAAUGAUGACGAUGAAGUUGUUCAGAUGAUAAAAGAAUUACUGGACACACGGAUACGCCCUACAGUUCAAGAGGAUGGUGGUGAUAUUGUAUUCAUGGGGUUUGAAGAAGGUAUCGUAAAAUUAAAAAUGCAAGGCUCUUGUACCAAUUGCCCAAGUUCUGUAGUAACAUUGAAGAAUGGUGUACAAAAUAUGAUGCAAUUUUAUAUACCUGAAGUACUUGGUGUUAUACAAGUAGAAGAUGAAACAGAUAAAAUUAGUAAUAAAGAAUUUCAGAAACUUGAACAAAAACUCAACAAAGAAGAAAAACCGACCGACAAAUAAGUGAUAUCAGGUAAGAAUUCUCCUAUACAUAUAUAUAUAUAUAUUAUAUACACACAAUGAUUUGUGUGUGCAUAUACACGUGUGUGUGCGCGCAUGCGCGCGUUUAAAAGAAAAUUCUGUACUUCUCAGCAAGAUAACGAUGUUGUAUAAUAUUGAACAUACUGUGUAUAGUUGAUGGAAUAUUAUCUUGUUAUAGAUGACAGCAUUAUACAAAAUAAGCAAUACUUUUUCUUCUCUUCUCAAUUUAUAUAAUUUAUGUAAAUACAUACAAUCAUACAAAUA